AUGCAAUUCUCUCGGAGAUGCACUUCUUUCCUGGCAGCCUCUCUAUCAGUCACCACGAUCUGCAAUGCACAUGCACGAUCCUGCCCCCCGGUCUGGACCGAGAUUGCAGCUGACCUGAAAGGUUCCUUUGCAGGCUGUCCCAGUGAGGCGAGACAGGCAAUUCGUGCCGCAUUCCAUGACUGUUUCCCUGGAUCAUGCGACGGGUCGUUGAUACUAGCCAACGAGUGCUUUGAUAGAGAGGAAAACAUGCAGAUGCAACCGAUUUGCGACAUAUUGGGUGAAAAAGCCGCUGCAUACAAUGUCAGCACCGCCGACAUGAUACAAGCGGCAGCAGCUUUCGGCGUUGCAGCCUGUGGUGGUCCCAAAAUCUACUUCCUCGUUGGGCGAAAGGAUUCAUCCGUACCCAGCACCGAGGGCGUGCUGCCCACACAAGAUUCAGACGCAGCUACCCAGAUCACCGCCUUCAAGAAGAAAGGAUUCUCUGCUACGGAUCUUGUGGCCCUUGUCGGGGCCCAUAGUGCGGGACGGAGCUUACAGGAGCUGUCUUUCGACUCGACCCCGGAGGAGCUGGAUAGCACCGUUUUCUACCCGGAAACGCUAGAGGAGACGACACCGACCUCCUUGGGCAGCGAUGUUGCGCUCGGUAAUGAUAAAGCGACUAAGCAUAUCUGGAAAAGAUUUGGGGCCAGCCAGACACAGUGGAACUCUGCAUUCAAGCUAGCAAUGGGGAAGAUGAGUAUCAUGGGAAAUAACUUGGGGAAGCUGACCGAUUGCUCAAAGUUGGUGGCCUGA